GUUUGCCAUCGCAGUCCAAGCAAAUGAACUCUGAAGAGAGUUAUUUAUCUUGGUAGGCCCCUGGGCUUCUGCCCAGGUAAACCCGUGGAUCAAUUAAUAGUUUGCUCUGCCGGGCCGAUUUUCCAUGUGCUUCUGCUGGUUACACCGUGGUGGAUGCCUGCCGUGUUGCUGCUUGGAGUAUUUUACACAAACUUAAAAUGCUGGUCCAGGUUCGAUACUGCCAACAGCAGAAGUAUGUGAAGUUGGAAGAGGUUGAUGGGCGGUUUGAGUUUAUGCAGUUUCAUGAAAAAGUCAUUGAGAGAUUUUGCCUGCCACCUGAUGCAAAAGUAGUGUACAAAGAUGCAACAGGGACAGAAGUUGAUGAAGUGAUUUUCAGUGACCUUAUCAGCCAAGGCACUGUGGCCCUAACAGUUUUCUCAAGUGAUGAAUUUUCUGAUUGCUUCUUGUCUUCUGCAUCUGAUUGUUCUGACUCAAGCUUCAGCUCAAAUGCAAGUACAUCAACUAUACUUCUAGAUGAGGGUCCCAGGAAGAAAACAAGAGUUGAGGGUACUGUUGAUGCAGCAUCUGCUAAAAAGUUAAUUGAAGGUGUACUUGGAACCAAUUCAGGUGGUGAAGAGGUUCUCCAGGAAUAUCACACAACACAAACUCUAACAGAUGCUACCAGAAGAAAAAUGGUCAAUAUAAUAGUGGCUCACAUGAUUGAUUGCCAUGGGCACCUCCCCACCAAAGCUGUUAGAGAACAGUACGCGCUAGGCAUAGUGACAUUGUUUCCAUCCCUGAAAGACCCAUACUCCAAGAAAGGCUAUGAACACUUCUAUGAUGCUGCAAGCAGCACUGGAUACAUUUCUUGGCGUUUGAAAACGAUACAGAGAAAGACUAGAAGAGGAUCUGCACCACCAAGUAGCUCCACUGGCUUUGCUCAAGAAGGAGGGGGCCCAAAUUCCCAAAGGCCCAUUAAUGUCGACAUGCAGCUUGAUGGAGAUGCUUGCCAGGAGGCCAUCUCUUUGCUGAACCAUACAUCCGACACUUCCUUGAUUUUCCAGAAGAUGAGAGAGACCUUUCAGCAUCGUCAGAAGCUCAUCAAUGAUCCUGACAAAAGUCUUGAUAUCCUGUCUAUCUUCCCAAGAUUCUUGGAUACAAAAGGAUUGGUGAAUCAAGACUUCACUCUCCUGUUUGAUGAUGAGAUAUCUACCAGGCUGCUUCAGAAAUGGGAUCCAAUCUUUAGGUAUCAAAUCAUCAAAGAGGCCAAGCAGCUCACCUCAACAGUAGAGUUGCGUCAAUUGGUGCAGUCAGCAGAGAGUCCACCAGGAAGUGAUCUUGAUGAGGCAGCAACCUUUGACCAAGACAUGGCCUCCCUGUUGUUACUGUUACAUCUCCUUCCGCCACCUCUUUGAGGACCAAAGUAUCAAAAAAUCAGCGCCUCUGAUGCUGUUGAGAGACUUGUAGUCUUUCAUAAGUCUUGCUGCAGUUUGGAAGAGCAUCUCCAGAAUCAGCAGAGUCAGCAGCCAUACCUCCUGGCUGUUGGGCGCCAGAAGAGGAAGGUCGACAGCUUCUAUGUUGCCAUAGACAAGCGUCUCAUCCCCUGCCAGGCCAGCCGCUC